AUGCUUUCCUUGUGUCAAACAAGAUUUGCUUCAUUGACAGCAAUCAAAGGUGGUCAAUCAAAGACUAUCAAUUUCGAGGAAGGAACUAAUUUGUUCGAACUUCUCGUAGACAAUGGAAUGAUGUCAAAGGACCAGACAUGCCAAGGAAAUAUUGGCUGCGGCAAAUGCACGAUUGGAAUAAAGAAGGGAAAGCUCCCACCACCAAUCGAAGAAGAGGAUGAUAUUCUUCCAAAGGAUGGAAAACGCCUUGCUUGCGCAAUUACACUUACAAAAGCCCAAGAUGGCAUUGAAAUAGAAGUUUAA